GCGGUGUGGUGGUGACCAGAAUAUUUGUAUUUAGAACUCAGUCACCACACUUGAAAAAGCACGACUGACAAACAUCGUCACUUGUGGCGUGGGGUACGUUUAAAACGCGACGAAAUUCGUAUGCACGCCACAGUUGGAUAAAAGUGCUCCUUCUGUGACCUUCUGUGCCAUUCAGCGUGAUAAAUAAGUUCGAAUUUAAUAGUUCCAAAAAUUCUAAAAGUUCCAAAAAUGUGGGGAUUUCAGUUUUUCCUAGUUUUUCUUGUGGCAGGAGUGGUUUUUGUAACGGGACAAACGUUAGAUGAAGAUCUCACGUUGACACAUAGUGAAAAAUUGACGCUGGACAAGUUCAAGGAACGAGUCAGUCACAAAUUACCGCACAAGUAUAUGCAAGAAGACAUUUAUUUGGUGCGAUGGUUGAGAGCAAGAAAAUUCAAUGUGGAAGCUGCUGAACAAAUGUUGAUGGAGAACGUCGCGUGGCGUUCCAAGAAUAAGAUGGACUCUGUAAAUGAGGAGGAUUGGUCCGAUUUGGAGCCCGAUUUCCGCUACUCCAUCGAAGGCUGUGACAACGAGGGGAGACCUGUCGUCUCCGUAUUUCUGGGCGACUGGGACAUCCGCAAGGCCAUCCUGGCUGGAAAGUCGAAGCGUCUGAUGCGCUACAUUGACCACCUCGUCGAAGAGGUGACCAGCCUGGUUAGAUCGUCGCAGGAGAGAGGGAUGAACAUCACGCAGUGGACGCUAAUCCUGGACAUGAACAAUUACAACUUGGCGCAGCAUGGGUGCCUCCAAUGUAUUCCAAUUCAGCUCCACUUUCUCCGCACGUUGCAACAACACUAUCCCGGCGAUGUGCACAAACUCCACGUGAUCAAUACUCCACAAGUCUUCACCCCCGUGCUUCAACUGAUGAAGCCCCUGUUUAGCGAAAGGGCUCGAAAAAUCCUCACAUUUUUCGGCCGAGACAAAGAAGAAUGGCAAAACGUCCUCUUGCGCGACAUCGCCAGGGACAAGCUCACCCAGAACUUUGGAGGCGAUAAGGAAAGCCCCUAUGAAAUGGAGCAUUUUAAACAGUUAGGAUAUUUCCAGUGUAGUAAUGAUAUCGUAUGAGAACUAAAGAGAGGUAAUUAAUUUCUGUGAUUAAGGUUUUUAUUAGUUUAAUUAGUAAUUAAUUAAUUAAUUAAUUGAUUAAGUUAAUACGUGUGAUCGCUAUAAAAGUACAAUAAUAAAAAUACAAAAGAGUUAUUCAACCUGUACAUAAA